AUGCUGGUGACCUAUUUGGAAGCCAGCCGGGACCUUUGCGAUACGGACUCAAUUCUUUUUGGCGCCGCAGUGGCAGCUUAUUAUAGCCGUAUAAUUGGCGCCAAACUUCCGAUGACUGGACGCGCUACUAAACAAAGUAAUGCCAUCCCAGCCUGGAGAAAAAGAAUUGAGGACCGUAUCGUGAAGGCAAGGGCCCUUAUCGGCAGACUGACAAGCUUCAGGUCGGGUAAUAAUAGACCGAGGGCGUUUGCUGGGACAAAUAUCAGUUUGUCCCAGCCGGAUACCACGCAGAAACUAACGGAGCGCAUAGACGACCUGAAGCAAAAGAUCGCUGCUUGGGGGAAGCGGAUUCGACGAUUUACCGAGAGGUCAAGGCGGUUCAACCGGAAUCGUCUCUUCCAGAGUGAUCAUAAGAGGCUCUAUAAAUCAUUGGAGCAACCAGAGGUAUGUGGAGCGGGCUCAGGACCGGAUCAGGCUAACAUUAUCGCAUUAUGGCAAGGCCUGUGGUCAGAGCCCGUGAACCACAGCGAGGGCCCUUGGAUGGAAGUUGUGGCGAGCCAGAGUGUGAGUGUUACGCUUAUGGACCCCGUCACCAUAACGCUAGAAGACGUGGCUGAGGCGAUGAAACCAUGGUUGAUACUGAAGAAGCGUAAACGGGAUUUAUCGACAUCACCUGCAAAUACACAACAGCCUCGAAAACAGUACGCACCAUCAAAGAUGAAUAGGGCAAAUGCUUUCGACAUAAUGAGAGGAAGAAGUAGUUCCCUUUCCUGUCCUUCUAUACCUAACGAACAGACACAAUGA